GAUAUGUUUUCAGGAGGGAGCGAAACCUCGGUUACAACACUCCAAUGGGUGAUGGCAGAGCUCAUGCGGAGUCCUGCGGCUCUGCAGAGGGUGCAGGCAGAGGUGCGCAGCGCUUUCGCCGAGCAGACCUGCAUCAAGGAGGAUGCCCUGCAGGAGCUGCGUUAUUUGCAUCUAGUAAUCAGGGAGUCGCUUCGGCUACACCCGGUGCUGCCGCUGCUUCUCCCGCGGGAGUGCCAGGAAACGUGUCGUGUCCUCGGCUAUGAUGUGCCCAAGGGCGCCAUGGUGCUCGUCAACGCAUGGGCAAUCGGGCGGGAUAUAGCAAGCUGGGGCGCUGAUGCUGAGGAGUUCAGGCCAGAGAGGUUUGAGGAGGCUGGUGAUGCAGCGGCGGAUUUCAGGGGAACCAACUUCGAGCUCGUGCCAUUCGGCGCCGGUAGGAGGAUGUGUCCUGGGAUCACGUUUGGGAUUGCAGUCGUGCAGGUCAUCCUAGCGAACCUGUUGUUCCAUUUCGAUUGGGAGCUCCCUGGAGGAGGCGCCGAUGGGCUAGACAUGGCGGAGGAGCUCGGGAUGACAGCCAGGAGGAAGAACGACCUGUGGCUGCAUGCCACCGUUCAUGUGCCUGCUCCUAAUCCAUGAAUAUUCAAACAUGGCAAUGUCUUAUAGCCCUUUUGUCUUCACAGCUAAAUAAAAUGAGUCCGAGAAAUAAGUACUUAUGUUUCAUUAUGUAAUCCGGGGUCUAAGUUUAUUGUGUGUGUGUGUGUGUGUGUGUUUGUGUGUGUGUGUGUGUGUGUGUGUGUGUGUGUGUGUGUGUGUGUGUGUGUGUGUGUGUUGCUGUAUUGUCAAAUAUUAUGUAUAGCAGGAACUCGAUGCAUUCUGGUGCUUUGUCAUGUUAUCUAUCAUUUGAGUAGUGCACAAUUUAUG